AUGGGACAUGGGGAGCAGCUGGUCAUAUCGGCCGUCCACCGGGCGGAUAAGGGCGUGUACCAGUGUAUGGCGAGGAAUGAGAGGGACUCGGCGCAAGCCAGCGCUGAGUUGCGGUUAGGAGACACCGCACCAGAACUCCAGUACACAUUCAUAGAACAAGUCCUCAGGCCAGGGCAGGUGGUGACCCUCAAGUGCUCGGCCGCAGGAUCGCCGCCCCCGCACUUUACUUGGAUGCUGGACGGCCAGACCCUCAACACAAUGGCUAAGGGACAUCGUUACAGCGUAGAACAGUUUGCGACCAAAACCAAUGACGUAGUGAGUUACCUUAACAUCUCGGCGGUGAGGUCAGACGAUGGCGGCCUCUACACAUGCAAGGCGGCCAACUCUCUCGGCGAAGUCUCACACACCUCUAGGCUUAAUAUUUAUGGUCCACCAUACGUCCGUUCCGUGGGCCCAAUCAGAGCUGUAGCCGGCCGGGAGCUAGUAAUGUACUGCCCUUACUCGGGUUAUCCGAUCAGUUCAGUGAAAUGGGAGCGGGACGGUAGCCCAGUAGAAUGGGAUGGUAAUAUGGAAGGGGCAUUGCGUGUGUCGCGAGUAGAUCCCUCACAGGCCGGCGCCUACAUGUGCACUGUGACCGGCCCACAUGGAGAGAUAGCUCGCCGAGAGUUACAGCUUGUUGUUAGCAAUCCACCAGAAAUCGAGCCAUUCUCGUUCUCAGCGAACCUGCAAGAAGGCAAACGCGCCCAGGUCAGCUGCAGCGUUACUUCUGGUGACAUGCCGGUCCACUUCACCUGGCUGAAGGACAAUGUGCCCAUACCCUCAUCUCUUCAGGUGGAAGAGCGAGGCGCCGAUUUCUUUAGCAACCUCGUAUUCAAAGAGGUGUUCGCGCGACACAGCGGUCUAUACACUUGCGUUGCCUCCAACUCUGCAGCCAAAGUCAAUUAUACCGCCGAACUGGUCGUCAAAGUGUCUCCAAAAUGGAUAACAGAACCAAAGGAUGAAGCGAUUCUGGCCGGGGAGCCAGUGGCUUUACAUUGCCAGACCACAGGCUCGCCCAGUCCUCAAGUUACAUGGAUGAAACAGAGAGGUCCUGCAUCAUCAGACUUCGUUCCACUAGUGAACCUCGGUGGGCGUUUCCAGUUCUACACCAACGGGACCCUGUGGAUUGAGUCAGCGCUGCCCUACGAUGAGGGGCAGUACAUGUGCAAAGCUGAGAACGGGGUCGGUUCGCCCCUGUCUAAGACUAUCAAGGUCGAUGUCAAUGAGCCAGCGCGGUUCGAGUUGACAUCGACCAACAUGACGGCACGACGCGACUCGCCAGCCACGCUACUCUGCGAUGUGCGCGGCGACAACCCCAUACGCGUGCAGUGGUCGCAUAACAUGAACCAUCUAGAUCUUAAUACUUAUAGGCUAAGUGUCUCCGAAGCAAAGACUGAUAGUGGUUUAAGGUCCCAAUUAUACAUCAGCAGAGCCGACAGACCGGACUCUGGGGUGUACAAGUGCCAAGCCGUCAACGCCUAUGGUCAUAGCGACCAUUACAUUUAUUUAUCCGUCCAAGAGAAACCCGAUACGCCCCACUCUCUAUCCGUGACGGAGAUCCUGAGCCGCGCAGUAAGGUUAUCCUGGAGUCAGGGAUUCGACGGCAACUCCCCGCUCCUGGGUUACACCAUACAGCACUGUACUCUGAGUGCUGUGGGGGCAGUGCGUGUAGACCAGUGGCACGCCGCUGUCACUGUCAACGUCUCCGUCCACGGGGCGGCGCAGCAGCCACAAGUCGCGCUGACUAAAAAAGGCGAUAUCCACUACGAGGCACUGCUCAGUGGACUGAAGCCACACACGGCCUACAUGAUUCGGUUAGCAGCCGUAAACCAAAUCGACCGAAGUGCCUACACCGAACCCGUCGUCGUGAAGACGCAAGAAGAAGCUCCCUCCGAGCCUCCCACGAACGUGCACGUGACGCCGGGCGGGCCGGGCGAGCUGCACGCGGCGUGGCGCCCGCCGCCGCGGGAGGCGUGGCACGGCGAGCUUCUGGGCUACACCGUCUCUUGUACUGAGAUCAGCCCGGGAGGCACGCCUGUUAGGAACUCUACUAGGACACUAACAGUAAACGGGUGGUCAGCGACAGAGCUGAGCCUGUCAGCUUUAAGGAAGUUCACGCGGUACGAAGUGCGCGUGCGCGCGUUCAAUGGCGUAGCCGCCGGCCCGCCGUCUGCGCCGGUCGCUGCCACUACUUUAGAAGGAGUUCCCGAGUCACACCCGACAAGAGUGACUUGUUCUCCGCUCUCAUCUUCAAGUAUGAAGGUGGUGUGGACCCCACCACCUCUAGGUCAGCACGGCGGCCUUAUCCAAGGAUACAAAGUCAUCUACUCACCGCUUACUAGUGACCAUGCUGACGUGGGUGAAAUCAAACGAGUGACAACGACCGACACGUACUUGCACACGUUACGCAAGUACACCAACUACUCCGUGCAAGUACUUGCGUUCACCAACGCAGGCGACGGCAAGCGGAGUCCGCCAGUAUACUGCAUGACUGAGGAAGACGUUCCAUCAGCCCCUCAGAAGAUCAAAGCGCUGGCGUACUCCAGCGACUCUGUCCUCGUGAGCUGGCUGCCGCCACUUCACCCAAACGGCAUCAUCUCACACUACACCGUUUACUACAGGGAAGCAGGCCGGUUAGGCAAACACCAGAGCUACACGGUAACAGUGGACAAGGGAAAAUCGGAGCUCGAGCUGAUGUUUCCCGUCCGAAACCUGCAAGAGAGCCAACUGUACGAGUUCUGGGUCUCCGCUACCACGGGUUCGGGGGAGGGAGAGAGCACACUUGUGGUGGGACAAGGACCGAACGCUAGAAUUCCAGCACGAAUAGCAUCGUUCGGUGGCGUGGUCGUUCGCGGAGCGGGCCACGCCGCGCUACUAGCGUGCUCGUGCGUGGGACUGCCGGCGCCGCGCUCGCGCUGGACGCACGCGCGCACGCCCGUCACGCACCACGCCUUCUACCAGGUCACACCGCGCGGACACCUGCACAUUAGAGAAGUAAACGAGCAAUCAUCAGGCAACUUCACAUGCACGGCCAGCAACACGCUAGGAGAGGACGCCAUCACGUACAGCGUAAUCGCGGUGCUCGCCCCAGGAGCGCCCGCUCUCACUUUACAGUACACCACAGCGUCUAGCGCGCGGCUACAUUGGCUGCCGCCUGCUGACGGUGGCUCACCGCUCUUGGGCUACAUUCUGCAAUACAAGCAAGCGACCGACACCGAUUGGCAUACCGUGGAGCUGUCUUCAGAAGUAACAUCAUACACCAUGGAUAUGCUGAAAUGCGGGACCACAUACAACGCAAGGAUACAGGCUCGAAACAAAAUCUCCAUAGGACCACCAUGCGAGAUGCUGACUGCUACCACCAGGGGUGGAAGGCCCAAGCCUCCGAAGCCCGAGGACCAUGUCUACAUGAACUCUACGGCGAUAAAAAUCAACUUCUACGCGUGGCGGGACGGCGGCUGUCCCAUACUGGGCUUUCGAGUUUCGUAUCGGAGAGCGGACACCGAGCACUGGAUUAAGGUGGGCGACAGCCUUAGCUCGGCCAGCCACGUUCUAGGUGACCUGACGCCGGGAACUUGGUAUGAGCUUGCCAUUGAAGCUGUCAAUGAUGCUGGCACCGAAAGAGUGACGCUUUUGGCAGACACGCACACACUGGCUGGAGGUCGUAUACCUCCGACAAAACCGAUGUCUCCCCUUUCGGGUGGAGACCGCCGCACCUCGCUACGUACAGUAGUACUGUCAUGUAUAGCGAGCGCCAUUGUCAUCGUGAUCACCGUCGCGGCCAUCAUCUGCGUUGUGCAGGGCAAGCGCAAAUUCUUCUGUAUAUCCAGUGAUCACUACAUGCGAGACGACCGCAAGCUGAGCGAGAGCAACGAAGCUGAACGGGAGAAGCUUAGAGAGGGACAGAAGCUAUACUCCUCCUCGUCUAUCAACGGGAAUGAGAAGUCCAAUGACGACUCCUCUGCAGAGCUGUACGAGAUCAGCCCGUACGCGACGUUCGGCGUAUCGGCGGCGCACUCGCUGCAGUUCCGCACGCUCGCGCGCCGCGACGACGACGCCGCGCCGCCGCACCGCCGCCGCCACCGCACCUGCGAGCACUACCGAUACGACGAAUCGAGCCUGUCUAAAUGCUCGACAGUGGAGGCGCGGCAUCGGAUGCGCGCCGCGUGCGCCGGCGCACAGGGCUGGCGGGACACGCACACCGACUCGGGAGAUGACAGCGACAGUGCUGCUAAUACUACUACAAAAGGUUCGGGCGGGUCGCCGGGCAGCGUGUACGGCAGCGGGCGGCGCAGCGCGGCGCGCACCACCAGCAGCGGGGGACCGAACGGGAGCGACGGACACUCUGUCUACGCGCCCGUGCCUGCCGAUAUAUCAUCUCUCAUUGACAAAUAUCAACAAAGGAAAGAACAAGAACGUCGAGAAUGCACAAUACACGUUUAACAGUAAACUGACCAAUGACUGACUUACAUACGCUAAAAAAAUAAUUAACCCGUGUUCGACAUUUUUAUAGCACUUAAAUAAGUCUACUCUGUUAAAAAGCCAAAAUCUGUUACAAUUAUUCCCUAUUUUUAAUAAAACAACAUCAAGUCAUGAAUUGACAGACCUUCCUAAAAAAAUUUAAGGGUGUCUGCUAGGUGGCAUGGGUGAACUGGUUAACGAAAAUAGUAUUUUUGACAGUCGUUCAUGCUCCAUGGCGAACGAAACGCAACUGGCUCUGUCACACCGAUACGGAAGAGCGAUAGAGAAAUAAUUCCGGUACACUACCAAUAAGCGUAAACGAUUGGCAUCUUGUCUACGCACCCUACUGAUGCAUGACGGAUUUUAGUCUGCUAGCGGACGCCCUAUAAACGCAAAUAUUUUUCCCAACUUUUGUUGUGAAGAACAAUCCGAUCAAUUGAUUGGUCCGUCCAACAUUCAGAUGCCGUUCGAUUGAGAAUACUUGCCUAUUUCGCUCGUCCUCUUAGAAAACUUCAAAUGAGAUUGUGGUUUUUAUCUGAAAAAGAGACUUAUACAAUUACUAAAUGUCGACGUUUGGGCGUGUGAUGUGCUUUUUUAUACAUUUGGUACUGUUAUUGCUUGGUUUAGAAUUAUUUUGGACACUUAUUUUGAUACGCUACGCUAUACGCUAAGAUGUAAUCUUUUAUAAUUUUAUGUCGUAGUUUUGUUCAAUGUAAAUGGUUAAAGUAUUUCUUAUCUACGAUAUUUCUAAGGAUUGAAUUGUUCCGAGUACUUAUUAAUAUUUCUAAAUAAUUUUUACACAUUUCAAACUUCAUCCUAAUCAUAAUUCAAAAUAUUUUGUACUUAAUUAUGAGACCACUAGAGAAUGUAAUAAAAUAAAGACCUAAAUGUUAAAUAUAAAAACAUACCCAAUCAGAACGGAUAGUUUUACGUCAGUUCCACGUCUGUGUACGUAAAAACUAAUAAUACAUAUAAAAUAAAUAACUAUAAAACUGUUUAAUUGUAAUAAGUAGGUACCUAAUACAGCUGCCAAUUUUUGUUGAAAGAUGUGGAGUGAUUUUUAAAAGUGGUGAUUUUAAAAAUAAAUUUGGAAAUAUUCUGCAUGCUGCAUGCCAGUAAAAUCGUAGAGUAAGUACCUACAUAGAAAUUCGUAGGUACUACUCUCCUCUCGAUUAUUCGAUGUCUACAAGAAAUAUAACGUAAUUCUAUCCGUUCUAUGUAGGUAGUUUCUAAGUAAUGGGCUAAUAUAAUUGUGAUGCGAACUCGCUACAGCAAAUACCCCAUAACUGUUAACGUUAAUUGUUGCAGCAACUAUUCGAUACCGUGUUCUAAAUAACGAUGUUAUUAUAUAAUAAUUUUGCUACUCUUGUCUUAAGCCCCAAUUAGAUGGUACGAGUUUCUC